GAUAUUUUCUUUCUCUUCUAGCCGCUCCUCCUAGUUUUGGGUCACCUGCAGAUUUGAUAAUCAUACUGCUGCAGCACUGCUGAUUGGAUAAGGUAACAACUGGCCUGCUGCCCCACACGUGAGAAAGACAGGGCUCCCACUCCGCUAUCUUCAUUGGCAAGUAAAAGGUUGAAAAACUUGGAUAGCUUUGGUAGCACCAUAUCCUGGCUAAAGAAAGUUGAGUCCUAGGCUUCUCGUCCACCUCCUUAUAGAUUCCAGUCAGUUAAUUCUGAAGCUGUUGGGGUUCACUUUGUUUCUCUUCUCAGCCUCAGUUCCCAAAUUCUGCCCUCCUUUUUAAGAAGCCAGGGCGGGGCAGCAGCCAAUAUGACUACCAGCCAGAAGCAUCGGAACUUUGUGGCUGAGCCCAUGGGCGACAAGCCUGUUGGCACUUUAGCUGGCAUCGGAGAUGUGCUUGGCAAGAAGCUGGAAGACAAAGGUUUUGACAAGGCUUAUGUAGUGCUUGGACAGUUCUUAGUGCUGAAGAAGGACGAAGACCUCUUCCGUGAAUGGCUGAAGGACACAUGUGGAGCAAACGCAAAACAAUCCAGAGACUGUUAUGGCUGUCUGCGGGAAUGGUGCGAUGCCUUCUUGUGAAUGUUGUGUGUCAAAGCUUGGUGGGUGCUGUGAGGGCUUUUGUAGGUAGCUAGCGACUGAACCGUCCCUAAUCCUCAGCAUAGACUCCUUAUAGCCUUUCCAGCAUGUACAAGGGUUCUUCUGGGAUUUCACUCUGAAAAUCAGAAAAAUAAAUGCUCCUUUUUAAUGUCACUCAACUUCUGUUCCUCCAAAGAAGUUGAGAAAGGGGCCACGUUCCAGUUUGGACCCCUUACAGGUGUUUUCCUCUUCGUAGCUUUCUCUGUUGAGCUAUCCCUUAGUACUUCCCUGUUGAAUUCUCGGCUCCCUGGGCUUGUGGUUUAACUACUGGUUCCAAAAGCAAGAUUUGUAUUAAUAUUGGCGGGGAUGUUCUUUCUCUUCUUGAACCUCCACGUAGCUUUUAUGCCACCUAGUUGAAGGUCAGGAACCAAAAUAAUGCAGUGUUUUUAAAUCAAUAAAAAUCAGCGGUGUUUAAUAUUCA